AUGCACCCAAUGCUACACUGUAGACCAGGCUGUCUUUCUGAUAGAGUUGCGUCGCUGCUGGAAGAAGCGGCCGAGCAUAUAAUAUACCCCGUAGAACUGCUGCCAAUCUCAGGCCGUGUCAGCAGUUCACAAAGCGAUCUCAUAAUCUUCGAACUACCGGAUCAGGUUAUCUUUGCUGCACAUACAAAGCGCCAUCUUGCUGUUCGAGCUUUCUUCAUUCUCCCCAUCUUCCCUCCAUAUUCCACACACACAUUUCAUCCUCGGGAUGAUUGGAUCACUGCCUGGUCCAGAUUCUUGAACCGUAUUACUCUCAAUAUGCGGUCCAUUCAUUCCUGA